UUCACCAUGCCGGACCGGGGUGGAUGCUGUUGGCAAGCUAGUAGACAGGGACAGCCCCAUUUAAAACUCCGCAUGUCAAAGUUUGCAUUUUCAUGACGCAGCAGCAGCAGAGUGGAUGGAUUAAAGGUAUGCAGGAUGCCUUGAGCCCGAGACCCUGUGCCAUUUGCUGGUGAAUCCACAGAGCCCAAGCAGAGACUGCAUGGAUUGAUGCGCCAAACAUGGGAGACCUGGUUUGUGGGUUUGAGGAAAUGCAAGGAGUGAGACUGGGAUACCUGCUCAUCAAAGGCAAGCAAAUGUUUGCUUUGUCUCAGGUCUUCACCGACCUGCUGAAGAACAUCCCUCGGACUACGGUGCACAAGCGCAUGGACUACCUGAAGGUGAAGAAGCACCAGUGCGACCUGGAGGAGCUCCGGAAGCUCAAGGCAAUAAACUCCAUCGCUUUCCAUGCCGCUAAGUGCACACUUAUAUCGCGGGAGGACGUGGAGGCUCUGUACGUCUCCUGCAAGACGGAGCGGGUGUUGAAAUCCGCGAAGAAGAGGAGAGCGACAGCGGCGUGCCCUCGCGCGGACGACGACGACGACAACGAGGAGGAGCACGCGCCCUCGGGUGUCCUGCGCGCGGACGCGGAGCUGAUGUGGAAGGAAAAAGUUUGGUUCAGUUUGCACGGCGUCCCAGAGAAUCUCGCGCUGCACGGAGGAACGGGGAGGAGGAGGGAACUGAGUCCUUCUUCUUGUCUUACCGACGCCAAACUACCUCAAUUUUACCACAAAGCCCACGGACGGGAUUGCCGUUGGACGACUAAAUCCAGCCGCAAACACGUCAAAAACUAUGAAACUGAGAAAUUUACAGGGAAUAGAUUCGCUGUGAGCCAAAGGCACGCGUUUUUCCGGCAGCCGGUCUUGUUUCAGUCCGCCGCCGCAGCAGCUCAGUCCAGGCUCUCGCGCUCAGCCGGCGACUCGCUCCACAAAAGGAAGAGGAGGCGCGAGGGGGGCGGCAGGAGCAAACACGUGCAUCUGCACGCGCCGCCGGUGCUGCUAGUCCAGCCCAAAUCCUCUGGAGCUUCUUUCGGUGCUUUCCACCUCACUCCGGAUUUCUAUCUGGACCCGCGACCUCACCACCAUCACCACCACCACCACCACCAUCACCACCACCAUCACCACAACAACAACAACAGCAGCAACAACAACGAGCCCGGCUUCGCGGAGAGCUACAGCAGCGACACCGAAUCCUGCAGCACAUACUCGGACCCACAGUGCCAGGACUCGGACUUCGGCUCCGGGUUCUCCAGCAGCAGCAGCAGCUCCGAGGAGGAAGAGGAGGAGGACGACACCCAGUCGGAAAGCUCAGAGGUCAGCUCCGACGAAGAUGAGGAGAGUUCCACUCAGUCCGACUCGAGCUCCGUUUCAAGCCGCGUUUCGGUCCAAAGCAUCCGGUUCAGACGUGCACGGGUGGGUCUGCACACCGGGAAAGCACCUUUGGUCCUGCAGCCCACCUUUCACUACAACAACCAGCAGCACAGGACACCGAGUCAUGGCGACACCAGGCAGGACAAACAUCAAAAACGUUACUUUGGCGAACCACGAAAGGACUCUUUACAGUUAAACCCGGUGGCUAACGGGAGCAUUUUCACCGAGCCCGCAAAAGAAAUAGCGUUUGAAUGUGACCCAAACAGGACUGAGGAGGAGCCGGUCCCUUACUCCUCGGGGCUCGACCCGAACAAGGCCUCUCUCCCGGCCUCAUUCAGGUCCCGGGGGUUCAGCGCACACGCUGAUCCUAGCAAGCUCCAAAAAUGCGUCGACAAGCGGGAGAAGCUGAAACCGAGCACCCCGCCGAAAAAAAUAAAGACCGAGUCCGAGGAGCCCCACGCAACCGCGUCCCCCUACCCCGACAGCGGCAGGACAGCCUUCAAUCUCAGCAAUGUGAAAAUUAAAGUGGAGGAAAGCUGCGAUGAAUAUGAAUACCUGCAGAGCCAGGCCGCUGUGGUCAAAUGUAAAGGAGAUAAGGCAGAUCUCAGCGGAGCCAUCAAACAUGGAGGCUUUUCCAGCAGCGGGAUUAAAGCCGCGGAGAAAAGCCCCGACGUGCCCCCCAGAUCCCCCUGCGGUCCUCAGGAAUGCAGGAGUAGCCAGGACGCCCCCAGCGUAGAGGAGGGGGAGCAGAGAAACAAAACCUGCAGGGCUCCGGGGCGGGAGGCAAAGAAACCCCGAAUUUCCCGGACGCACACAAAACAAAACGUGCCUAGAGUCAACGAGGCUCCCUCUUCCUCUUCCUGCUCCUCAUCUUCUUCGUCCUCCUCCACCACGGAGGAUUUACGGAGCAGACGCAAACGCAGCACCGCCAGCAGCUUAGCAGCAGCAGCAGCCGCAGUAGCAGCGGCUUCUCCACCAAAAACGCCUUUCAGCCUGAUGGCAAAUUUCCCAUCGCCGCCGUCGCUCGUCGUUGACAGCAACGGGGAUUUGUGCCCUGCUUACUCACUGAGCUCACUGAGGGGAGCCGGGCCUCCUCCUCCGACCCACCCCGUGUGGAGGUGGCAGCCAGGCGGCCAGAUUCUCCCUCCCCCACUGCACACUCAGAGAACGAGGAAAUACUGAGCUGAGACAAAAAAUAAAAGUCCCAACUAUGUUCAUUUCCACGUACCCUGUGUCUUAAGGUGAUCGCUCACCCCUUUUGCCUUUGUUAGUUUUAUUUUUCAAACUUUUUUUUUUCCUUAUCUGGGAUUUACAUUCCGUUUUAUUCUCCCCCACACCCCCCAACAUCCCCACCCUCACUUCCCUGAAGAAAAGCCACAAGAUCCCACUUGAAGCCUCCACAGGACUAUGAGACACAUCUCGUGGAUUAAUGCCUGAAGACCUCCUUUCAAAAUAAGCUAUUCAAUCUAAGCAAUAUGUUUUGCUCCCCAAUCUUUUUUUUGUUCGCGUAGCCUUCUUUGUCGGUUUUCCUGGUUUGCUCGACCUGUUGGAUUGUCUGGUAGCAGGGUUUCAGUAGGGUUGUUCUUUGUCUAAAAAAAAAAAUUAAAAAAAAGGGAAAAAAAGUGAUUUUAAAAACAAUAAUAAUCCAAGAAUCUUUUGGAUGAGGCAACUGCAGGGACUGUUUCACUUUGUAAAUAAAGAAGAGACAAAAUAUCAGGGUUUCCAAUUAUGUGCCACCUGGUAUGUUUUCUAAUAAAUCAGCGCUGUGUUUUUCUUUCUUUUUCUUUAUGAUGGCCAAAAUAGUCCACGUGAACUGUGAAAAAAAAACUUGACUAUUAUUUUAAUUUUAAUUUUAUUUUAUUUUCAUUUUUGUUGUUCAAAGCAAAUGUAUUCUGGUGGACUUUAUCUUGGGGUGCUUGAGAUUUUCAGUUAUUUGUCAGAAGUUUUCAAACGUGUGACACUAUAAACAAAGGUCCCGAGAUGCAGAACAAGCCUUACGUAAUCAGACAAUCAAAAAUAAGAACAUUCGUGGACUCCCACCUCCCGCCCUCCAAGAAUAGGUCCCAGGAUAAUAACAUAUUCAAGUCUCUCCCGUCUAGUGUAUUUCGUGUAGUACAUAAUGGGAGGGGAACGCAAGGUUGUCCAAAGUGGGUUAACAGUGGUACACCUUGUAAUCAUUCCGGCUAGAAACAAUGCAACGAAGCACAAGGGAAAGGUUUGAAAGUGAGGCACUUCUACGCCGUCUUGCGUCGUGUUUCAGCUGUAUAUUUAGGACUAACGCUUAAAGGAGAAAAUAAUAAUUAUUAAAAAAAAAUAAUCUAAAUCAUUCCUGUGUAUAGGGAAAUUAUUUGAUUGUGUGUGCUUCUGGAGACAAAAUUAGCAAAAUUACGAAUGGAUUUUGUUGCUGGGUGUUCGCUCACCAAAAUUUGAUUCAGUUUUUAUAUAUGUAUUAUCCUGCCUUUAUUUUACUAAUAAUGUCCUGUUUUUAAUAUUUUUUAAAAGAAAAUAUGCAGCCGAGGAAUUGAUAACCCUAUCCAUCCACUCAAAAAAAAAAAAAAAA